UGGGAGCCGGGCCGGCGGGGCAUGGCGGGCGGCGGGGCGCUGAAGGCGCUGCUGCCGCUGCUGUUGGCGGCGAGCGCGCUGGGCAAGCCCACGGUGCGGCAGGAGCGGGCCCGGCCCGGAGCCGGGCAGCACGAGGACCGGCCCGGCUUCCAGUACGACCACGAGGCCUUCCUGGGCAAGGAGGAGGCGCGGAGCUUCGACCAGCUCAGCCCGGAGGAGAGCCGUGAGCGCCUGGGGAAGAUUGUGGAUAGAAUAGAUGACAACAAAGAUGGCUACAUCACAACAGAGGAAUUAAAAAACUGGAUUAAACGAGUACAGAAACGCUACAUCUAUGAGAAUGUGGCUAAAGUCUGGAAAGACUAUGAUCUAAACAAGGAUGAUAAAAUUGCCUGGGAAGAAUACAAACAAGCCACAUAUGGUUAUUAUCUAGAGAAUCCAGAAGAAUUCCAAGAUGCAACUGAUCAGCAUAGCUUUAAGAAAAUGCUGCCCAGAGAUGAAAGACGAUUCAAAACUGCAGAUCUGGAUGGAGACUUGGCUGCCACUCGUGAAGAAUUCACUGCUUUCCUUCACCCAGAGGAGUUUGAGCACAUGAAAAACAUUGUUGUCUUAGAAACCUUAGAAGACAUAGACAAAAACGAUGAUGGUUUUGUGGAUCAAGAUGAGUACAUUGCUGAUAUGUUUGCAAAUGAAGAGGGUGGACCAGAGCCUGACUGGGUGAUUACAGAGCGUGAGCAGUUUUCAGAUUUUCGUGAUCUCAACAAGGAUGGAAAGAUGGACAAAGAUGAGAUCCAGCACUGGAUCCUCCCCCAAGACUAUGAUCAUGCACUAGCUGAAGCCAGGCACUUAGUCUACGAAUCUGAUGUAGAUAAGGAUCAAAAACUAACAAAAGAGGAAAUUCUGGACAACUGGAAUAUGUUUGUUGGAAGUCAAGCUACUAAUUAUGGGGAAGACCUCACGAGAAACCAUGAUGAACUAUGAUACAAUGUACCAGCCAGUGUGCCACAUAUCUUCUGUCCACUUUACUGAAAUCACUGUGUCCAUCUCCUCUUAGAGGGAAGAUGGGCAAGGGACACUCACAUCUGAAUGACUUGCAUUGAUACUAUUUUUAACAUGCCAGCUUAUUACCUCAGAAACCACAUAGAAAUAGCUUUCUUACUCCUUUCACAUGGUUAAAUACAGUAUAUAAUUACUACAGGGUUUUUUUGAAAAAAUAAGAAGGUAACUUUUCUGAAUAAGUUAGAGCCUGACAUGGAAAAGGCACUUCUAAAAAUAUUGCAAAGAGCUUUAAUAGCCAAGUAUUUUCUUCAAAUACCCACUUUUACCAUAGUGGAAUGCACCUAGGAUUAGAACCCUAAGGUUUAAACAGACUUAAGUUAUUUAGUUGUCUUUUCUAAUAGCAUUGUAACAGUUCAGAGAUAACCCUUUGAGCCUCCUACCCAGAGAAGAGUUUGAUACCAGCUUUGUCUCCACACAGUUUCUGUGUCCCAGUUGGGUCAGUGGUGCUGCAGGAGUGCCCAGCAGUCCCCUGGCUCCUGCUUUAAUGUGCAAGAUGCAGGUGGCCCUUGUCCCUGACCCCGGCAUUCCCAGCCAGGGAUGCAGAGUCCAGCGUGGCAGCUGCUCCUUCUGACAACAGGGAAACGUGCAACUGUUUGUGGGUCCUUGGCUUUGCUGCUUCCUGGGAGGAAUUGUGCCACAUGGAGCAUAAUUUAUCUCCUGCUUUUCACACUUUACCCAAGCCCUACUCUUGUUCACGCAGUGUGAAUGGCAGCAGUUCUGUGAUGGAGAAAGAAUGAGACAUAUCACCCCUCUGGGCCUUCUGUCUCCUCUGCCACAUAAGAGGACAGAUUUUUGUGGCUGAAGUUCUGGGUUUGUGUGUAUAUACGUAUAAGUACAUGUUACUGAAGCAACUCUGAAGACAGCUCUCCUUCCAAAAAAGGGGGGAAGCUUUCCACACAGGUGCUUUCUUUUUUACUGUAUAAUGUGAGUUGUUACAUGUAUAUUUUUAUAUACACAACUU